CCAGGGUGCUCUUCCAUGAUCGGAGCCAUGACAGAACUAGGACCCUUCAGAAUCAAUAGUGAUGGAAAAAACCUCUUCACGAACGAUUAUGCAUGGAGCAACGUUGCAAAUAUCCUGUUUCUGGAAUCCCCUGCUGGAGUGGGCUUCUCGUAUUCAAAUACAACUUCGGAUUAUGAUCAUUCUGGUGACAAGACCACUGCAGAUGAUAAUUACAUAUUUCUUGUUAAUUGGCUCGAGAGAUUCCCUCAGUACAAAACUCGUGACUUUUACAUUACUGGUGAAAGUUUUGCUGGGCAUUAUGUUCCUCAACUUGCAUACAAGAUUCUUAUUAACAACAAAAUAACAAAUCAAACCAUCAUCAAUAUGAAAGGGAUCGCUAUUGGAAAUGCAUGGAUUGAUGAUGAAACAAGUUUGCAAGGAAUGUAUGAUCAUUGGUGGACUCAUGCUAUUAAUUCAGAUGCAACUCAUGAUGCCAUAUUGAAAUACUGCAACUUUCCAAAUGAAUCUGAAAUGUGCCUAAAGAUUAUACGCAAAGCCUGGGAUGAGUGGGGAGAUCUCGAUGUGUACAACAUCUAUGCACCAAUUUGCUUGAAUCCUGAACAACGAAAUGCCUCUGCUACAACUGGUUCAAUAAAUGAAUUUGACCCAUGUUGGCAAAAUAUCCUGGUAGACUAUCUCAAUACCUCUGCUGUUCAAAAGGCAUUAAACGUGAAACCUACAUCAUGGGAUUUAUGCAGAGAUUCUUUUAUCACGAGCUGGAAUGACUGGGAAACUACGAUCCUCCCAAAAAUUAAGUAUCUCAUUUCAAAUGGCCAAAGGGUCUGGGUAUACAGUGGUGACAUAGAUGGCCGGGUUCCUGUUACUUCUUCUAGGUACUCAAUCAACGCCCUCAAUCUUCCGAUUGAGACGCCUUGGAGGCCAUGGUACCUCAACAAAGAAGUUGGGGGGUAUUUGGAGGGAUAUAAAGGAUUGCUUCUGAUAACUGUUAGGGGUGCUGACCAUACGGUUCCAAGAUACCAACCACAACGUGCAUUGACAUUGUUCUCGUCAUUCCUUGAAGGGAUACUCCCUCCUUCCUCCAAUGCCGAUAUUCAGGCAAACAAGUUUUUUGAGUUGCUAAAGUCAAAAAGAUCUGUAAGUUCACCUGUUCCUAACACAUGGGUCAUGUCGGAUGAAGCUACUCAGGAGUACUCUCCUGUGUACAUUGCACAACAAGAUGGUUUAGCAGAGGGUGACAAGAUUGAUGCCUUGCCAGGCCAACCUGCAGGCGUUAAUCUGAAUCAGUAUUCAGGAUAUGUGACGGUUAAUCAAACUGCUGGAAGGGCUCUUUUCUAUUAUUUCGUCGAGUCUCCCACUGAUUCUUACACUAAACCAUUGGUUUUGUGGCUAAAUGGAGGUCCAGGAUGCUCUUCCAUGAUCGGAGCCUUGACAGAACAAGGACCCUUUAGAAUCAAUAGUGAUGGAAAAACUCUCUUCAUGAAUGAUUAUGCAUGGAGCAACGUUGCAAAUAUGUUGUUUCUGGAAUCACCUGCUGGGGUGGGCUUCUCGUAUUCAAAUACAACUUCAGAUUAUGAUCAUUCUGGUGACAAGAACACUGCAGAUGAUUCUUACAUAUUUCUGAUUAAUUGGCUCGAGAGAUUCCCUCAGUACAAAAAUAGUGACUUUUACAUUACUGGUGAAAGUUACGCCGGACAUUAUGUUCCUCAACUUGCUUAUAAGAUCCUUAUUAACAACAAAAUAACAAAUCAAACCGUGAUCAAUAUCAAAGGGAUCGCUAUUGGAAAUGCAGUGAUUGAUAAUGAAACAAGGUUGAAAGGAACGUAUGAUUAUUGGUGGAGUCAUGCUAUGAUUUCAGAUGCAACACAUGACGCCAUAUUGAAGUAUUGCAAUUUUUCAAAUGAUUCGUUAUCUGAAAUAUGUGAAAAUAGUACAGACAAAGCUAUGAAAGAGUGGGGACAUCUCGAUGUGUACAACAUUUACGCACCAAUUUGCUUGAACCCUCAUCAACGAAAUGCCUCUGCUACAACUGGUUCCAUAAAUGAAUUUGAUCCUUGCUCGGAAUAUAUCCUGAUAGACUAUCUCAAUAACUCUGCUGUUCAAAAGGCGUUGCACGUGAAACCAACAUCAUGGGAUUUAUGCAGUGAUGUUAUCACGGGCUGGAAUGACCAUGCGACUACCAUCCUCCCAAUCAUAAAGUAUCUUAUUUCAAAUGGCCAAAGGGUAUGGGUCUUCAGCGGUGAUAUAGAUGCUCGUGUUCCUGUUACUACUUCUAGGUACGCAAUUAACACCCUCAAUCUUCCGAUUGAGACUGCUUGGAGACCAUGGUACCUCAACAAAGAGGUUGGGGGGUAUUUAGAGGAAUAUAAAGGACUGCUUCUGAUCACUGUUAGGGGUGCAGGCCAUACCGUUCCAAGCUACCAACCUCAACGUGCAUUGACAUUGUUCUCGUCAUUCCUUGGAGGGAUGCUCCCUCCUUCCUCAUAA